AGCAAGUUGCUACGUGUAACUACAUCGGCAACCAGGGAAUGCUGUUUGGAAUGAUGUAUACUCUUCUUUAAUCUAAUUAACCUUAUAUCAAAUUAUAGUUAAAUUAUUAUAAGGCACUAACACUUUUUUUGGAAGGCACAUAUGGGAGAGCAUCAACGGUCUGAGAAAAAUUUUCAAGUUUUACGACCCAGAGCUUGUCACAGGGCAUGGGAUCAACGAUGAAGAACAGAGUCAGUCUUUUGACGAUGCGGCAAGACGAUUGGCUAAUUGGUUAUCAUUAAUGAACAGCAACCACCAAAUGUUCUUUAUUCCUUGGAAUAUCGGGAUGCAUUGGACGCUAGUGGUGGUUGCGCCAAGGAAAAUUAUCCAUUUAAACCCUGUAAAAGGCCGCCCAAUUCCCGAAGAAAUAGAACAAAUGAUCGGAAGGGCAUUCAUGUAUAUAGGGGACGCACAUCAGUAUCUUGGCCCGUGGCAAGGAAUUUCACAAGCAAACUGUCCAAGACAACCUAAAAGCCAAGAAUGCGGUUUUUAUGUUUUGAAAUAUAUCACUGACAUCGUCGCACGUGCCAACCCCAACCGUUACAUACAAGAUCAAAAAGCUUUUGGGGGUAAGAAGCAAUACGAUCCAAAAACAGAAUUGUUACCACUACAACGAAAGUGGAUCGAACAAUUGAUGGCGGUGAUUCACGGUGACGAUUGAGGUUCAAAGGUCGAAGAAUUUUUCUUCAUUAUGUAAUUUUUAUAGAUUAACUUGUAAUUAGAUUUAUUAACUUAUUAAUAUUUUUAACUAAUUUUACAUGUUUGUGUAAUAUUUAAUUACUUUUAUGAAAUCAAAUUAUGUUUUUACCCAAAUUUAAUUACUAUUUAAUUUAAAAUGUAAUUAAUAUAUAAUUAAAUUAAAUAAAUAUGUAAUUUAAAAUUUAAAUAAAUAUGUAAUUUAAAUUAAAUAAAAUAAUAUAUAAAUUAAUAAAUAUAAAAUUAAAAUAAUAUAAUUAAAUUUAAAAAAAAAUGAGGAAAACUGAAAUUCGCCUACAUAUGGCGUCGGUUCCUACGCCAUAUAUGGCGUCGGUUAUUGGCUAGGAACCGACGCCAUAUGUACCCUUAUGGCGUCGGUUCCCAGCUAAUAACCGACGCCAUAGGGGUAUAUAUGGCGUCAGUUCAUAUAAACCCUUUAGCGUCGCCCUGAUCAGCGUCGGUAGCGAAUUUCGCGAAAACCGACGCCUAAAGGGCUUAAAAACCGCCUCUAAAGGG